AGGAGUAACCAUUAUAAAUUUUUUGCUUUAUCAUUCCUCAUUUCAAUUUUUGUUUUUGAUUAGAUAGUCUAUCUGAAUAGUGAUUAUCUUUACUUGUGGAUUGUCUGUUUGAGUUGUACCUAAGGCAAAUUGUGAUUGUUAACUAAUUACCUUUAUAUCCAAGUCCUUAUAUUUCUCUACCCUAGUCUUCAUUCUUACGUCUCUACGUAACUGACUGUGACUAAUUUUUUAUUACACCAUACUUUUAAAUUUUAAAUAUAGUGAUUUUAUAAAGAUAUAAUUUUUUAUUGUCUUUGUAUAUUAUUAUUAAAAAUUAUCAAGGGAUCGUAUAUUAUUUGUUAUUCAAUACUUUUGUAUUUUUUUUUGUACAUUAAAGAGAUCAUAAUUUUAAAUAAAUUUAUGAAAUACUUACUAUGCUUUUGCCGCUACAUUAUACGCGUGUAUUUCAGAAGUAGAUAGGAAAAUUAAUGAAAUAGGCCACUACUAUACAUGGCAUAUGAUGAUUAAAUACACCUAUCGCUCGAUUUACACGGUAGAUACGUUCCUGAGAAAAACGUGUAAAUCGAAAAUUAAAAAUUUUCAAGUCAAAACCGUGUAAAUCGAAAAGCUUGCAGAAAAUGCAUAAUUUUGCUAUUUAACAGUUGUGAUUUUUUUCAAUAUUUUUAUUGUAGGUGAUUUUUUUCAAUAUUUUUAUUGUAAUAGUUCUUAUUGUAGCUUCGUUCAUGUUAUAUGAUUUUGCAACAUCUACUACUCUAUCUCCCUUUCGUAAGCGAUCCAAAAUUUCGAUUUUAGUUUCUAAAGAAAUAACUUUUCUUUUAACUUCUUUCGACAUUAUAAGCCUAUAUUUUUUUUUUUAAUUUAUGUUAAUUUAUAAAAAUCUUAAUUAUGCAUCCACUUGUAAUUUACGAAUAUGAAAAAUUAAAUCUUUCUGACACUGUGAAACUUUCACUCAAAUACAAUUUCCGUAGAUAAAACUUUAAUUUUAUGCGAAGAAAUACAGACACAGUGUGCAUGUGCAGCGAGUCAGCACAUAAGCUCGGGAUUCCCCGUGAGAUGUGUACACAGCGCACGUGUUCAAACACAGUAGCAUUUAGUAGAGUGCGAUAAAAACAAAAAAAAACUUAUUUGGAAAACCGUGUAAAAGCGAAAACGUGUAAAACAAGUACCGUGUAAAUCGGGGGACAGGUGUAUACAUCAGGUUUUAAGAACUUCAGAAACAACUAUAAAAACAGCAUGCCUGGUCUUUAACCACGUAAGGACGUGGUUAAAGACCAGGCAUUUAAGUAUUAUUUCAAAAUUUCCUAAACUUAAGUAAAUCACAAUUUAGAUAAAUUUUCCCAAUACAAUAGACAAUACGACAGGCAGACAAGAUUCUAAAUUAGAAGUAGUAACUAACGCCUAUCGGACUACUCACACUUAUUCAGCUCAGCUUCAGACAUUCAACUUAUUCAAUUAUGAAAUAGUUAUCGGUAUAUAUAGGCGGGGCACCUGUGAGGGAAGAUAGGUGAAGAUGAAGCAGAAUGCAAGCGCUCGUGUCAGCUCGCUUGCGGCCACCUCUGCCGCGGGUUGUGCGGAGAGCGUUGCCCGGACAUCUGCGCCCACUGCCGCCCGGACACCUUCCCCAGGGACUUCCUCGGCGACGAGUUCGACGAAGAUGCCAAAUUCGUACAGCUUGAGGACUGCCCUCAUGUCCUUGAAGUAGACGACAUGGAUAACCUUAUGAUGGGAAACAGUAAGAGCAUCGCCAUACGUACUUGCCCCUUCUGUCGCAAACCUAUAAUUAAUACACAGAGAUAUAAAGAUAUUGUCAGUCAUUUGUUUGUUACUGAUAUAAAUCCAAUCAAGGAACGAGCGUUUGGAAAUAUGGUUAUUAAUGACAAACGGAAGGAACUCACAGAUGCAGUAACCAUUAUGAGUGUCAAAUAUGAUCCAGCACUUAGAGCAUGUACAGCCAUUAACAGCCAAGCUUUUGAAAAUUCGUACAAUAAAUCGAUCGCCUUUGUAAGUCCUGAAGUAAUAAGACCACAUUCAAAGGCAGGGCCAAGAAAAAGCUCGAGAAAGGGAAGAAAAAAAGGUAAUACUAGAAUUUUAACCGACACACCUGAGAAACUGGCAAUCGAAAACGAAUGGGAAGCUAGAAAACGCAAAAAAGAAAAGAAGAUUUGCAAAGUUAAGGCCAAAGUAGUGAAACGUAACUUAAAUUUACAGGAGCAAGAAGUAACAACAUCAGAAGACGAAGAAUUGCCGCUAUCUCCAGACUCAGACUUAAGUAUGUUAGAACAAACAGAUGACUUUCCUAGUGAAUCCGAUCAUGAAGAUAACACUAAUGCCUCAAUCAUCAGUGGAGAUUGGAUAAUAGUUAAUAUAGUCUCGCAAAAGAAUCUAGUACAUAGAUAUGUUGGACAAGUUCUGAGUGAAAGCCAAAAAGGAUAUGACAUUAAAUUUGCUAAAAAGAUUAAUGAUCGAUUUUUCAAGUGGCCUUCUGUAGAUGACAUUUGUGGUCAUGGCUGGAAAGAAGCCAUAUAGUAUAUUUAAAAAAAGAAAAAGAAUGAUUUGAAUUUUUGAAUACCAUUCUUGUAUAUCUUUGUGUAAUGUUUUAUAACUAUAAUUUUGAUAUGUAAAUAAAUAUAAAAAACACUAGUGGAACUAUAGUGAUAUCAUUUUGGAGUACAUCGUCUAAUUAGUGCUAUAGCUAAAUAUCAAGUGGUAAAGAAACUACCAACUCUAAAAGUGAAAUCAUCGUCAAGACGAGUGAUUAGCUUUAAAUUCCCGAAAUCAUUAAGGAAGUUCAAAAUUGAAUAAAUGAAAAAGAGAUCUGAAGACAUUAUUUUGUUUUGAUGUUAUACAUAAUUUGUUCCAUAUUUUUAAUUUUGUCCUUUAAAGAAAGUUACAUUAUUGAUUAAAGUUUAGUAAAAUUGAGGGCAGAACGGCUUAUGUUAUUUAUUAUGUUAAACUGUUACAAGUCACAAAUAAAUCAAUGUUAUAAUAACA